AUGGCUUUCGGCAAAAAUGCCAGAAGGGUGUUGCUGGUCCUGAUGGUCAUGUGCGCCACAAGCACGGCAAAAAGGCCUGCAGCCAAGGAGGGCGCUGCUCCUGCCCCCGCACCCGAAGCCGGCGCAUCGGAGGCGUCCGGGGCCACAGGGAUCUUCGACAUAACCAAUGUCGGCGCGACCAGCGAUGGCAAGACGGACUGUUCAAAGGAACUCCAGGAGGCGUGGAAGUCGGCGUGCGGGGCGGCCGGGCAGGCCACAGUCCUCAUUCCAAAGGGAGAAUUUCUGGCUGGCCCUCUCAACUUCAGCGGGCCGUGCAAGGGCGACGUAACCAUCCAUAUCGACGGCACCCUGUUAGGAACCAACGACCUACCCAAGUACAAUGGUGGCAGCUGGAUCAACAUCCUUAAGGUCAAUAACCUUGUCAUCACCGGCUCUGGCACGAUCGACGGUCAAGGCGCCAAUGUCUAUACAAAGGACCCUGCAGAGGCUAAGGCCUUUCCAAACUCGUUGGUGCUAGACUUCGUGAAGAAUGGGACUGUCUCUGGAAUCACGCUGCUGAAUUCCAAGUUCUUCCACAUGAAUAUCUACAUGUCAGAGGACGUGAAGAUCGAGAAUCUGACCAUCACCGCACCUGGGGACAGCCCCAACACCGAUGGCAUCCACAUCGGCGACUCCACUAACAUCAAUGUGACGGACACCACCAUCGGUACCGGAGACGACUGCAUCUCCAUCGGAGGCGGAAGUUCCCACAUCAUCGUCACGGGCGUCACCUGUGGGCCGGGGCAAGGGAUCAGCGUGGGCUGCCUCGGCAGGUACAAGGACGAGAAGGACGUUAGCGAUGUGACGGUCAAGGACUGCGUGCUCAGGAGCAGCACCAACGGCGUCCGCGUCAAGACCUACGAGAACGCGGUGAAGUCUAUCACGGCGUCCAAGCUGACGUUCGAGAACAUCAAGAUGGAGGACGUGGCCAACCCCAUCAUCAUCGACCAAAACUACUGCCCCGAGAAGGUAUGCACCGCGAAGAGCAAAUCCGCGGUCACAGUCAAGGACGUCAUCUUCCGAAACAUCACCGGCACGUCGUCCACGCCGGCGGCUGUCAGCCUGCUAUGCUCUGACAAGCAGCCGUGUAGCGGAGUGGAGCUAAUCGACGUCAAUGUGGAGUACAGCGGGGAAAACAACAAGACCAUCGGGGUGUGCAACAACGCCAAGGGCACUGCAAAGGACACACUCCAGGCCCUCGCCUGCCUCGCCUGA